AAGAGAGAAAGUGAGAGGUAUCGUGCAUCGAUGAAAACGUUGCCGGCAUUGCUGCGUGAAUAGAUGACAGCACCGCACAACUCUCUCUCUCUCUCUCUCUCUCUCCCGCUCGCUCUCUCUCUCCCCCCGCGAUGAUCUGUCCUCUCUUGUCUUCUAUAGGUGAAGUGGAAACUUCUCUGAUAUAGAAAAGGAUCAAUUCAAAAGCCCGAGCUCAGUUUCCCAAUAACCCCUACCACCAAUAUCGAGAAAGCGAGAGAGGGAGGGGGAGGGACAGCACCGUCUUCCCUGAUGUUUGGUCGUGGUGGUUCUUUCGAAGCUCAGUCAACACCUAAUCAGUAACGCCUCAAUAUGUUCAACCACAUUCUCUGAAGAUGAUACGAAUGGGAAGUCUUUAGAUUGAUUUCCGUCGUUGUGUGGAUCUUACGGAAGCAUUGUGGUGGUGGAAGAGACCGUUAUCCAUGGCGACCAAGAUGAAAGGGUUCUUCAAGGGGAUUAAAUAUAUACAGCAAAUUUUUGUUUACAAAGAUCAUGAAAUGGAAAUAGGGUAUCCUACAGACGUAAGACAUGUGGCUCAUGUAGGCUGGGAUGGUUCAUCCAUGAGUACUCCGAGCUGGAUGAAUGAAUAUAAGACAGCUCCUGAAUUCUCAUCAACAUCACUGGCCAACUUUGGAAAAUCGGGGGAGAUGGCUUCCUGGACAUCAGAUGAUUUUCAGCCUGCUGAGCCAUUUCAACAGGGCCCUGAUGUCUUUGUUGGUACACCCACAACUGAAAGCCCCCGAAAGCGCAAAAAAUCAAAGAGUUGUUCUGCAGCAAAGUCAUCGAGGCCUCCAAAACAGAAGGCAUCAGCAGAGAAGCUGAUGCAGAAACAUGUUGAGCCUAAAGGGAGCUUGUGCUAGAUCUACAUUCUCUAUUGCUUGUGGUGUACAAGUCUGUCGUAUAGAAAAAGGAACACACAUUAGUUUACAGAGGAAGUACAUUGUUGGCCCUUUGACUGAGUUCCCUUUAGAAGCAGCAUGCUUGUCUUCUAAGCAAUGGUGGUGGUGGCUAAAGGAGAGAAAAUUGAGGGAUUUGGUUGAACUGCGUGUGUAAUUCAUACUUAGCUUCACUUGUGGAGUUGUUCUUGUCUUUCUCCGUGACCCAUAAGAGAAGUUAUAAAUCUUUGGGUUUGCCUUGU